GUAUAAAACAACCAUUUCUUUCUCACAGACAGACAGAAAAAGAGAGAGAGAGGGAGAGAGAGAGAGGUGGGGAUAUAUAUAUAUAUAUAUAUAUAUAUGGGCGUUGUGGUAUCAGUAGAGAAGGAGAGAAGGAGAGAUUGGGUGACGGUGAAAUUGGGGGCUGUCGAUUGAAUUGGGCUUUGAAUGAGAGAAAAAGGAUUCAGUUCACGAGUAACCAAGGAUAGUUGCUGGUUUGGAGGUCAGAUGCUUUUUGUUCCCGUGAUUCUUCUCUGUCCAAAGCUUUUGCUUGACCAGUCACUGUAUCUUUGGAUGAAAUGAUAAAUGAUGGAAUAGAAGAAUGAAUUGCCUUUUUCUUAAAGUUCAUUUAUGGCAAUUUGUUUUAUUUUGGGGCUUCAUGAAUGGAAUUUAAAGCCCUUCUAGCAUCAGCUCUUGGCAAAGAAGUAUGCCUUCCUUUAUAGGUAGUUCCCUUGUUUUGAUUUCAGUGGAUGUGGACAGAGUGAGCUAUCUAAGAUUACUGUUGUAACAGGAUGGACAAUGUAUAAACAUAGGGGAUAGAGAGUUGAAGGGCUGGAAAGACAAGGGGAAAAUAAUCGAGAAAUUGGUCAUUGACAUUUUUCCAACUAGUCAUGGGAUUGCCUCAUUUGGCUGCUGAAAUAGUUCAAGUAACAGAAUCACUUAGCACAUUUGUGUCUUCUCCCCCUCCUUAUGGUGUUAUAGGCAGCUGUAGUUCAGAUGAACUUGGUGGUAGUAUAGAUGGUAAAAUGGCAAUGGAUUUCCCAUGCUCUUCAUUAUCUGAUUUUCAUAGAAAAACUACUUUGGGAUUUCCAAGAGGAACGGAUGGGCCACCUAAAUUCAAAAGUUCCAAAGAUGGAGCUGCAAACUUCCAGACUUUGAGAAUCGAACAGAGGGAUAAAAUUUCGUCAUUUAAUUUUAAAGUGGGGUGGAAUAUGCACAGUCCUAUUUCAAGAGUUGUGGGGUUUGAAUCAACUUGCCCAAGUUCAUCAGAUGAUAGCUUUGCAAAUCAAGUUCAUUCUUCUGCCUCCAUUGUGUUAUCUAAAACUUUAGUUGAUCAGCACGGCAACCAAGCGAGGAAGCGAUUGCUGUCUCCAUUGAAUCGCAUGCCUGGUCACCAGUUCCAUGGUGAUCCACUAGACAUAGCUGGAGACAAUGGCCCAAGUCAAACACAUAGUAUAUCUACAAUGAAUGACUGCAAGAAAGCCAAUAUGGGAAGCGCAGAAACCUCACUGUAUUCAAUUACAAGAUCCUCACAGCUGAGUAGUUUGUUAGCUGACAAUAACGAUUCAUUUCCUGCUGGUAUGUUUACUGAUGAUCCAUUGCUUGAUAGCAAUGGGUCUGUCACUAACAAUCACCAGAUGUCGAACUGGGGACUUGACUGUUCAAAAGAAAGAAGUAAAGUUACAAGAGCAAUAACCAUAUCAAAGAUAAAGGUUGAUUCACCACCACUAUCAUUGUCACCACUUGGUCCUAGAUUGCCUGAAAGAAUGAAAGAGAUGGAUAUCUUGAAAGAGAUGGAAAAUGACUUUUCUGUGUUAAUGGACAUGGAGGGGUCGGUGGAUCAAGGUGUCACUGGAAUUCUUUUUUCAGCAGAAGAGGACAAGUGUUGCACUAAUGAUACAUUCGAGGAUGUUGGCAUAUUGCAUGAUGGCUUUGAUCCUUUUGGUCCAGAGAAGUGCUUUAGUUUCAGCCAAGGUUCUCUUCCUGAUUCUGCUACCGGAUCUCAUUACUCCAAGUUUGUUAGAAGUUUGAGUGCACUUCCUGUUCGGAGAUCAUUAAUUGGUUCCUUUGAAGAGUCACUGUUGUCUGGUCGACUAUCAUCUAGCAAAGUUUGUCAGAAAAUUGAUGGCUUUCUAGCUGUGCUAAAUGUUACUGGUGGUAAUUUUUCACCACCUUGUCGGAAGCUUCCUUUUGCUGUGAAGAGCGUUGAUGGUGAUAACUACUUGCUUUACUAUGCAUCAAUUGAUCUAGCGGGAAGUUUGGCAUCCAACAAGGCUAGAGGCCCAAAGUUGACAAGAAGUCUCAGCAAUGAUGAUUCUCGAGCGAACAGAAGUCGGCUGCGUAUUCCUAUGAAAGGACGAAUACAACUGGUUCUGAGUAAUCCAGAGAUGACUCCUCUUCACACUUUCUUCUGCACUUAUGAUUUAAGUGAAAUGCCUGCCGGAACCAAGACUUUUAUGCGACAAAAGGUUACUCUAACAUCCAAGAGUUCUGAUGCGUCACCGACUAAAGAAGCAAGCAAAGAUCAAGAAACUGGAAGUGACAGUGUGGAGUGUAAGGAAGUUAAAACCACGAAUGACAUGAAGAUAAGCUCUCGGGUUUUAUCACCCAAAAAUGGUUUCAAACACACGAAUGGAUCUGAUUUUGUUAUGAAAUCAACAGAUAGUACUCCAUUUAGCAUUGUCCAAUCUCAAAACACUGAAGAGGAUGAUUGUAGCAGAUCAGAUGCAUGCCAUUUAUCUAGCAGGAGUUCUACUUCUAAUUCUUCGAAGGUGAAUGACAAUAGUUCUUCAUCCGGUGUUCUUCGUUAUGCUCUCCAUCUACGAUUCUUGUGCCCAGCCCUUAAGAAAAACUUGAAGAAAUUUCAGAAAUGUAAAGCUGAACCAUCCUCUGUUCCAAUUACAAAUAAUUCGGACAUUGAAGGCGAACGUCGUUUCUAUCUCUACAAUGAUCUCAGGGUCGUAUUCCCGCAGCGCCACUCCGAUGCAGACGAGGGCGAGCUACGAGUGGAAUACGAUUUGCCGGAAGAUCCAAAGUAUUUUGACAUUACAAAUUGAUAUUGCCAUGUCUGAACUGAAUGGCAUUCUGUACAUACAUCAACUUGUACAUAGUUUUCAUAAUUUCAGUUUCAAUCUUCAUACA